AAUCCGCAACACUACACUCUCCUACUUGCCUGCGCUCGCCAAUAAAAUGACCUUCUCUUGCAAGUCUCUUUCUCUCUGUUCUGCCCUUUUCGGCUCUCUCUAUCGCUCAUAGCUGUAGAGAUAGAGAUAUUCCCCUCUUCUUUCCUUCUUCAGCCCCCCCUCUCUGCAUUCUUCUUGUGUCUUGCUUCUUGUAUAUUUUACAUACAGGGAAGAACAUAAAUAUCCACAACAGGAGAAGCCUUUCUUCUUUGAAAAAUCAACCUUAAAAGAAGCAGAAGAGCAUGGGAGGGUUUCGAUUUCAUCUGGGUUUUCUUUUGUUUUGCUCUUUGCUCUUGGUUCUUGCUUCUGGGUCAUCCAGAAAUUUGCCCAUCAUAGCCUUUGAUGAAGGCUACACGCGCUUGUUCGGGGACAAUAACCUUGUUAUCCAUAGGGAUGGUAAAUCGGUUCAUCUUACUUUGGACGAGCGUACAGGUUCUGGGUUUGUUUCUCAUGAUCUUUACCUUCACGGGUAUUUCAGUGCUUCGAUUAAGUUGCCCGCUGAUUACACUGCAGGAGUCGUGGUAGCCUUUUAUAUGUCAAAUGGUGAUACGUUCCAGAAGAACCAUGAUGAAAUAGAUUUUGAGUUUCUGGGAAACAUUAGAGGGAAAGAGUGGAGGAUCCAGACUAAUGUUUACGGUAAUGGAAGCACCAGCGUUGGCAGAGAGGAAAGAUACAAUCUCUGGUUUGAUCCUGCAGAAGAUUUCCAUCAGUACAGUAUUCUUUGGACAGAUUCUCAGAUCAUAUUUUAUGUAGACAAUGUUCCUAUCAGAGAAAUUAAGAGGACAGAGUCUAUGGGAGGUGAUUUCCCUUCAAAGCCAAUGACUUUGUACGCCACAAUAUGGGAUGGAUCUGAUUGGGCUACCAAUGGAGGCAAGUACAGAGUGAAUUACAAGUAUGCACCCUAUGUUGCUGAGUUCUCCAACCUUGUCCUGCACGGUUGUGCUGUUGAUCCGAUCGAGCACACAACCAAGUGUGACAUGGCACCAUGUUCUGAAGCAGUUCCUUCUGGCAUCACACCAGUACAAAGAAUCAAGAUGGAGAAUAUCAGGAAGAAGCACAUGACAUACUCUUAUUGCUAUGACACUGUCAGAUACAAAGUCCCUCCUCUGGAGUGUGUGAUCAAUCCCCAAGAAGCCCAAAGACUCAGGAAAUUUGAUCCAGUCACAUUUGGUAAUGGCCGGCGCCACCAUGGGAAGCGACACCACCAUCAGAGCAGAGGAAGCCAGGCAGAUGCUGCUUCCUUCUGAAGAGAUAUUUGAGGAUUUCCGGGUGAUAAAAGCACAGUAUCUUGCAAUCUUUAUUCUUAUUCAGUUUGAUUUGCCUGGGUCAGCAUUUUCUUAUUAUUUUCUUUGUUGGUGUAUAGAGUGAGAGAGAGGGAGAGAGAGGCAUAGAAUUCCUGAAUAUGAUAGUUUUGAUAUGGUUGCUGCUGGUGGUGGUGGGUGGGUAUGUGUAUAGUCCCAUAUCUUUAAGGCUUCCCAGGUUGUCAUUUGAUGAUGUCUUGUGCUUCACCAAAUUGAAUCUUAUUAUGAUUUAUGUACGUAGGCCACACUUCAGGGUGUCAUUCAAUAAAUUUAUUUACUUUUA